UCAAAUCGCCGUAGCAGCCAAAGGCAAAUACGAAACCCAGAAACAUCAACAGAAAAUAAAAAGAAAAUAAUAAAGAAAGCAAGACGGAGACAGGAAAGGAGUAAUGGGGUCCGGCCGAAGAUGGGCUGUUUCUUUCUCCGAUAAUUCCACCUCUCCUUCGUGCCGUGACAUCCGCGAUCCCCCCGGCUUCACUCGUGCCUCUGUGGAUCAGGACGAUUCGACUGCGAGUCGCCAAAAGAAGGAUGCUGAAUCCAAUUGGAAAGCUCAGAAAGCUUGGGAAGUGGCACAAGCACCAUUCAAGAAUUUGCUAAUGAUGGGCUUCAUGAUGUGGAUGGCUGGAAAUACAGUGCAUCUCUUUAGCAUUGGUAUAACUUUUUCUGCACUUUGGCAGCCUGUUAGUGCUCUUCAAGGUGUUGGGAAGGUUUUUGAGCCUUAUAAAGACAGUAAAGUAGAACUUCUUGGGCCUAAGUUGCUUUUCAUUGCUCUUAAUUUGGGUGGUUUAGCACUUGGUGUUUGGAAGCUUAACACUUUGGGGCUUCUUCCAACACAUGCAUCGGAUUGGGUGUCAUCCUUACCCCCUGCUCAGGAGGUAGAGUAUUCGGGUGGAGGCAUUCCUCUGUGAUGAGAGGACUUAUGAAAGGCUAGUGGGACUUGAGACGUUUUGUUCUGUUUUCUUUUGAAGAUGGAGAACACCCGCAGAUAUUUUAUCUUAAAUUGUAUGAAACAUGUAGCUGUAGUGAUUACGAAUAUGAGUUUAUUUUAUUUUGCGACUUGAGAAUGGAUUAACAUAAAAACCUAAAAUUAUGUUCGAGGUAAUAUUUUUCUUAUUAAAAAAAACAAAUAAUCCCUUUG